GACACGAGUUGAGGGAGAUAUAGGAAGCAUCAUACCCUCUCGGUAUUCACUCUCGACAUUAAUGCGCGGUUCCAAGCUGAACUUAAUUCAAAAGUAAUAUUUUUCUGAAUUUCCUCUUUUUUUUCUGUGAGUGCGUAAUAGUGCAAAUGGAGAUGCUACUUACAUUUUCUUUAGCGCUCUUUUUAAUAGCGUUUCAGCAAUUAUUGGCGACAGAUCCAAUCGAAUUUCACGAAAUCCCUCAAGACAAACAUUUGAACCUGCCGAAAAGACGACUCUCACUGCAAAACACAGCGGAGAUCCAGCACUGUCUGGUGAAUGCUGGGGAUGUGGGCUGUGGCAUGUUCGAAUGCUUCAACAACAACUCGUGUGAAAUCCAAGGCCUACAUGACAUCUGUAUGACAUUUCUGCACAAUGCCGGCAAGUUUGACUCCCAGGGGAAGUCCUUCAUCAAGGAUGCCCUGAAGUGCAUGGCCCACGGCCUGAGGCACCGGUUCAGCUGUGUGAGCAGGAAGUGCCUGGCGGUGAACGAGAUGGUGUUCCAGCUGCAGAGAGAGUGCUACGUCAAACACAACCUUUGUUCUGCUGUCAGGGAGAACGUCAACGUCAUGGUGGAGAUGAUCCACUUCCAGGACCUCUUCCCCAAAGGGCCUCAUGUGGAGCUGGUGAACAUCCUGCUGGGCUGUGGCGAGGAGGUGAGGACGGCUAUAGCACGGAGAGUGAGGAUGCAGUGUGAGCUGAACUGGGGGGCCCUGUGUGGCAGCCUGAGCCUGUGCUCCCUAGGCCGCUCAGAUGACCCCCAACACAUCACCGUCCCUUCUGCCGCUCUGCAGGGCAGGAGCACACUGCCCCCUGCUGGCCAGCUCUCCCUCCCCAACACCGAACAGGACCAGCCAAGAACAGACCAGCUAGGUGACGAGGGGAGCCUUCACCCCUCUGAGAGUCUCAGUCAGAAUCCCCUGGAUGACGCCACAGACCCUGGGCUCGCUGUGCCCGGUCAAGCACCCAGUACUGCUGUCCAGGGGUGAAACAGAGUGCAAGGUCCCUAGCCUGAACACGCAACAGAUAAGCCCCAAACCUCUGACCCACUUUUCCCCCUCAAGCAACCCUACUACAGACUACCUCUUACCCCCUUUCCCCUCAAGCAACCCCACUACAGAUGACCUCUGUUGUAAACAAGGGAGAGUAAUGACCGUGUACCAUACUUCCCCAUUCAUACUCUCCUAAAUGGUACAGGUGACAGGGUAUAUUUGGUCAAAUGUAGAUUUUGAGGCCUUGUUUUUCAAUAAUUCCUUGUUUUAAUUACAAGUGAUAUUCAAAACAUAUUUUAAAGUAACAUCUAUUUCAUUUGAUUCCUUUUUAAAAGUAAAUCAUGGGCAUAUCAAUCUUACCUGGAUCAGUAUAAACAAUUUAUACUAUCUGUUAGUUCAGUAAAGAUGUAAGCGUUUGUCACAGCAAGGACUCUAUUGGAACUGGUUGGAAGUUGUCUUACACUUCUUCCCAAAAUUGUGACUGCAAUAUUCCAGGUUCAUCUAGACAUUAACUUGGUAUUACACACAAAGUUAUGACUUAUAGUUUGAUAAAUUAGGUUUUAAAGAGACCUUACACUUAAUUAAACCCACAUCUUGGAUGGCUGACUCGCUCUAGGUCCUAUUUUUCUAGGUAUCCAGAAGAUGAGGUAAAUUUAUAAGUAAACUGUCUAUUGUGUUUUACAUUCUGUCAACUAGUUUCAAUACUGCAUUUGUUUUAACUAAAUACUAGCGCUACCGUAAAUAAACUUGUGUAGAGAAUUGUGCUUAUGCAAGCUGUCAAUGUUUCUGCGGAAACUAUUUAUUUGCAGUACAAAAGUGAACCGUACAACUCAAUGUCACAUCAACUCUUCAAAGAGAAGUCCAUUACUGGCCCAUAUGAUGCCUUGUGUGAUUUCUCAUCACAAGUAACAACUUGGCUGACAAGUGGCCCUUCUACCACAAUCAGGAAAGCUCAUUAAAAAGAUAUCUCACAACCAUAAACUCAAACAUGGUAAUGCGCGUUCACUCAAAGGCAAAGGCAAACCUCAGGUGUUAUAACAAAACAAUGAGACCCAUUAAAAUGUUUUAGUUAAAUGGAAUGUGUGUCUCAGCCUGUUCUCACUGAGGCCUUCGUUUUAUAUGCAUCAGGGUCUACUGCAAUUUCUCACAGGAUGACCACAGAAUGUCUUGUUAAACAUUUUCAAAUCUGACAAUUUGAAUGUUUUUACUAGCUUUUGAUCCAACUAGCUAGCUUGUCCUUUAGUAGUAACCUCAAUAGUACUCCAAGUAACCUACCUCACCAGUCAUGCCAGCUCUAGAGAUGUUUAAUACUGGACACUUUCAGAGGACAUUGAACUGGUAUGAAUACAACAGACACUCUGCUAUCUCUCUUUCAUUUUUUGUAUUACUUUUUUUACACAUUUUGUACAGUUGGCUUGUAUGAUGUGGAUUUUCUUUUGGAUUGUCCAGUUGUGCAUGUGUAAGAUGAGAAUCAACUGCCCUCUACACAACUUCUGUCAGUACUAUCGGCUAAAUGUCAAGUGGAUGACUGCAUUCAGACUCUGUACUUGAAAACAGCAACUUAUUUCUUACGAAGUUUGUUUGUACUCUGAUUCAAUGUCUAAGUAUUUAACUUGUAUUUAUUUUGACUACUUUUCUUAAGCUAUGCAUUACCUUUAUUUGUGGUGUAGGGUUAGGCCUUGAUACAAGCAAACUACCAUUUUUAUACUUUUCAUUUGAGUUAUUUUGGACAUAAAACAUUUCAGAUACUUUGCUGUUUUAAAUCUAUGACAAUGCAUUGUAAUCAUUUUAUAAGCAUAUUGUUGAAUAAAACUAACAAAUUCUA